AUGAGCAAAGAUUUGUCAACUUUCGGAAAAAUUUGUAUCCAUGUCGGAUUCUGUUUUGUCAUUGUCAUCUUCUUUGGAAAGAAUACCGUUCUGCGUCCGCCCGCAUAUAAUACAAUGUAUAAAGAAUAUAUUACGGGACUUUUGCCAUUGGCAUUGUUCUACGGCAACAGACUUGUCCUUUUCCCGCAAUUGUUUCUUAAAGAAAGACUGUUCGCGUACAUUUGUUCCAUCACCCUAUGCCUGAUUGCCAUCACCUGUGCGGAAAUAGCAUUUGUUUAUCCACAAGUCGAACCCGUUUUAGUCAGUAUGUUUGGAGAUGUGGCCGUUAAGAAUCUCUUCGUCUAUUACUUGCCUAUUAUUAUCUUACGAAAUUCAGGUUUCGUCCUGUUCUCCUUUGCCUUUUGUGACAUUCGCCAUCAAGCUGCCCUUAAGAAUAAAUAUGAAUCCCGCCUGAAGGAAAUCGCGGGCGAGGUGGACAUCCAAAAGACAGAGCACGAGUCCGGACUUGCCAAAAUAAAGGAUAUCCUCUAUUGCCAGCAGUUCAAAAAUUACACAUGGGUGGUAAUGGAGGGCGGAGGCUUCUAUACCCGAUACGGUUCCCUAAAGACUAUGAAAAACCUGCUUGGUGAGGAUCUUUUGAUUGAUGUGUCGAAAGGGUUGCUUGUCAUGCAGGAUAAAAUCCACUCCUACGAUGAGACAUCCAUCACCAUAAGGGAUCCUGUUCAAGACAAACUUUACCCGUUUGAAUGGGGGGCUGGUUAUUAUGAAAGUGUAUGUCGGAUUCUUUCUGUUCGCUCUUCACAAGAAACUAUGGAAAGCGUUUUGGAAAACACCUCCGAAAAAACAAACAAACCCUCGUCCUCUUCCACAAAUCGAAAACAUUUAAUCGCUGUUUUAAAAAAGCAUCAAAACUUUCGCCCCGUUUAUUUAUACAUUCGGCGUCACCCGGACUGCAAAGCAAGCGAAAUCGCAUCAAGACUCCCAAUCCCCACAGGUAGCCUCAACCGCAUCCUCAAGCAGCUCAAGGACGAAGGCCUCAUCGAGUAUGUCGGCAGCAAGAAAACCGGCGGGUACCGGGUGAGGAUGUAG